AUGCCAGUGAGCUUUGGGGCGGCGAACUCAUUUCUUCUUCUGUGUUGCCAAACAAAUAGGGGGUCUCGCUUGCGUGUCAUCUAUGGAGCCAAGCCCGCCGACGAUACACCACUCAAGACCGUGCCUGAUCACGAAAUCAUGGAAGCCAAAUGGCUCACCGUCGAAGAGUUGAAGGGCAAGAACCUACGCUCACACGAGGUCAAGUCCAUCUUCAACUGGGCGCAGUCUGGGACACGACUCUUUCCCACUUCUCUGCUCGAGUCCGAGGACAGUGGCACCGUGAACCACCACAAGGUGCAGGUGAACCUUGUGGCCGCUGUUGAGGCCGUGGUUACUGAUGGUCAAGGCCGCUACCUGGCGGUGAAGGGAGAGAGUGGCAAGUGGAACAUCCCCUCUGCGACUAUGACGAGACCGCGCCAGUUCAAGCUCGCAGCAGCAGAGCUUAUCAGCGGUAUCGUGCUGGCGAUGGAAGGCGUGCUCAAGGUGUACUACUUUGCUCCCAAUUCCCCCAGCAACCCCAACCCCACCGGGUUCAUCAAGGUGGUCUUCCUCGCCUCGGUGGCCGAGAAGUUCAAGGACUUUGACUGGAGCAGCCAUGGCGGCGCCCAGUGGCUCUCCGCGCAGGAGUGGGCGGAAAUGACGACCACUGGAACGCUGGAGAACGAGAACGCCGCACGCCUCGUGGCCCUCGCGCAUUCCACCCCGCGUGAGCAAGUGGCGCCUGUGGGAGUCAUUGCCAUGGAGCUUGAGGCGCUCAAGGUUCUGUAG